AUGUCUACUUCCAGCCCACUCAUCCCCGGCAUCUCAAACGAUCAGCUUCAGGGCAUAAUGGCUCUGUUUCAAGGCAUACUAAGAACUGAAAUGGCCAUAUUUAGAGCUGAAAUAAGAACCGAAAUAAGAACUAAAAUGAAUCAACUACGCAAUAAGUUUCGUCAGCAAGCCACUCAGCCAGUCACUCAGCCAGUCACUCAGUCAGCCACUCAGCCAGCUACUCAGCCAGUCACUCAGUCAACCACUCAGCCAAAGCACCCAGUUGAACAAGAGGAGGAACCACUACAGGCAAUUGCGGAGAACACUGCGGAGAAACCAAGCGGCAACAAGGCCACCACCAUCAAGAACACGGCCCAGCUCUCCAAGAUCCCACGUCAUAUGCUCUCCACGAUCCCACGUCAAAUCGCCUCGCAACUCAACCAUACGGAGAACACCACUACGAUUUGGCCUACUGUCUCCACAUGCCUGGGCAAUAUCAUAUUGUGGUACAUCACUGCAAUAAGCACACAAGAGAAGGAUCUACUACGUCGAUCACAGCCAAUUGGGCCUCUGCAGGAGGACAUGGGACGAUGCAUAUUUGGACGAAUUGAAACCGUCUGA